AUGUGUCCCGAGACAGCCAAGGUGCAUCAGCUCAGUGCCUCUGCGGUGCAGCCCACGCAAAAUGACAGGAUAACGGCAGACUUUGGAACCAAGCAGUCCAACACGGACGACUGGCUGCGCGUUUGCAGCGACAAGACGACGGGCCCUAUGCUUCUCGAGGACGCCUUUGCCCGGGAAAAGAUACACCGCUUCGAUCACGAGAGAAUCCCCGAACGCGUCGUCCACGCCCGCGGCGCCGGCGCCUUUGGAACAUUCCGCCUACACGAGUCCGCCGCCGACGUGACUCACGCCGGCGUCUUGACGGACACGUCGAGGGAAACGCCCGUGUUUCUUCGCUUUUCCACGGUGCUCGGCAGCCGAGGCUCCGCAGACACGGUUCGCGACGUGCGCGGGUUCGCCCUCAAGCUGUACACGGAGGAGGGCAACUGGGACAUUGUGGGAAACAACAUUCCCGUCUUCUUCAUCCAAGACGCCAUCAAGUUCCCUGACCUCAUCCACGCCGCCAAGCCCGAGCCGGAUGGGGAGAUCCCCCAGGCGCAGUCGGCACACAACAACUUCUGGGACUUCAUGUACAUGCACUCCGAGGCGACGCACAUGUACAUGUGGACAAUGUCCGACAGGGCAAUUCCUCGCUCGUACCGCAUGAUGCAGGGCUUCGGAGUCAACACGUUUACGCUCCAAAACGCCAGCGGCGAGCGGCACUUUGUCAAGUUCCACUUCACGCCCGAGCUGGGCGUGCACUCGCUUGUGUGGGACGAGGCCCUCAAGAUCGCCGGGCAGGACCCCGACUUUCACAGGAAGGACCUGAUGGAGGCCAUCGAGAGCGGCGUCUACCCCCGGUGGCGGUUCGGCAUCCAAGUCAUCCCCGAGGGCGAGCAAGACAGCUUCGAGUUCGACAUCCUCGACGCCACCAAGGUUUGGCCCCAAGACGCCGUGCCCAUCCGGUACAUCGGCGAGCUGGAGCUGAACCGCAACGUCGACGAGUUCUUCACCGAGACGGAGCAGGUAGCCUUCUGCACGAGCCAUGUCGUGCCCGGCAUCGGCUUCUCCGACGACCCCCUGCUCCAAGGUCGAAACUUCUCCUACUUCGACACCCAGAUCAGCCGGCUGGGCAUCAACUGGGAGGAGCUGCCCAUCAACAAGCCCGUCUGCCCUGUCAUGAACUUCAACCGCGACGGCGCCAUGCGGCAUACCAUUGCCCGCGGAAAGGUCAACUACUGGCCCAACAGAUUCGAGGUGCAGCCGCCGGCAAGCCAGCAGGAGGGCGGCUACGUCGACUACCGGCAACAGGUCGAGGGCGUCAAGGCACGGGGCAAGAGUGAAAAGUUCAAAGAGCACAUCUCCCAGGCCCAGCUCUUCUACAACUCCAUGUCCGACGUCGAGAAGAGCCACAUCAAGGCCGCCCUCUCCUUCGAGCUCGACCACUGCGAUGACCCAACCGUCUACGAGCGCCUGACGAGGCGUCUCGCAGACAUCGACCUCGAUCUUGCACGGUCAGUCGCCGCCAUGGUCGGCGGCCCCAGCCCCGUCCCGUCCGGACGACGGAAUCACGGCAAGAGAGCCCCGGGGCUGAGCCAGCUCGAGUACGUCCCCGAAACCGCCACCGUUGCCUCGCGGAAAGUCGCCAUCCUCAUCGCCGACGGAUACGACGGCCUCUCCUACACCGCCGUCGUGGCAGCCCUCAAGGCCGCCAGCGCGAUCCCCGUCGUGCUGGGCCCGCGACGCUCGCCCAUCUUCGCCGCGGGCCAAGAAGGCGCCACUGCCGAGGGCCUCGUCCCAGACCACCACUUCGAAGGGCUGCGGAGUACGCUUUUCGACGCCAUCUACAUCCCCGGCGGCAAGCACUCGGCUGACACGCUCGCCAAAACGGGCAGAGUCGUGCAUUAUAUACGCGAGGCGUUUGGCCACCUCAAGACCAUCGCCGCCACCGGCGAGGCUGUGGACCUGGUCAGGCACGCCAUACCGCUGGAGAGCGUCCUGCUCUCUGCAGGCCCUGACGCCCAGUCAAGCUAUGGCGUUGUGACGUUGAGGGACCCCAAGCCCGAGGCGCUGAAGGAGGUCAUCCGGGCGGCAAGAGACGCCAAGCACUUCCUGGACCAGCUCUUCUGGUCCAUUAGCCGACACCGAUGCUGGGACCGGGAAUUGGACGGCUUGGCCGCUCAGGUUGCAUAUUAG